CAACCUUGAAUUGCUAUGUUCAAUGUGUCUGUGUUUCAUUUAAAUUCAACAUAAUAAAUGGGACAUUCUAAUUUUCUUCACAGCUGAUUGAUGAUGAAAAAAAGGCCUGAACCGAUAUCAUGUCCUGUUUGUUCUAAGAGCGUUUAUUUUGCAGAGGAAGUUAGGGCUAUGGGUCGUGCAUUUCAUAAACAAUGCUUUAAAUGCUGUCAGUGUUCUAAAAGUUUGGACAGCUUUACUGCGAACGACCACAAGGGUUCUUUGUACUGCAAAAGUUGCUAUGCAAAGAACUAUGGACCAAACAUAUAUGGCUUUUCAACUAAUGGUACAUUAGGUAGGAGUACUUAUGAUCUUCGAGAUUGUACUAAAGUCAAUGGUUAUACACAUUCCCACAGUCCAAUGAUAAAUCAAUCACAUGACUAUCAUCAUCAUCCACAACAACAAGAACGUUCAUCAAAUUGGGAAACUAGUGGAAAUUAUAUUCCACGUACUAAUAAUCGUACACGAUGGUCUAGUGGAAAUUUUGGCUCAGCAUCAAAUCGUUGUGCAAAGUUUUCUGUUAUGGUUUGUGGUAAUGAAAUAGUUUAUGCAAUAGGAAAAGUAUUUCCUCGUUUAUGUUUUUAA